AAGGCUGUGCCGCGGGGGGCGGCAGUCAGCGUGGGACCGCGAGUCCUACGAUGAGCCGUCCAGCCGGCACGUCCACGAGCGACGUACUCUACACGAACGCCGAGAGGGCCUCGCUCAACGAACGCUGGUCCCAGCCGUCGGGCUCGCAGCGGCGCAAGUUCUUGAACAAGUUCGGAUCGCCUCUAGGACGCAAGCGCCGUCGCAAGCACCGCGACCCGGCGGGCGACCACUCGCCGGGUACGACGGAGCCUGCAUCCAGCCCGGACUAUCUGGACUACGAGCAGGACUUGCCCAUCGUUCGCGUGGGAAAGCCACUGUGCGAGGUGUGCCACUCGCACGGUCACCACCCGCCCCACCCGAAGACGCUGCUCGAGGACAUGCUCAAGUGCCGCAUAUGCGGGAACAGCUACCACCUGCGCUGCCUGCGCGCCGCCGGACUGCCCAAUCAGCCGCGAGGGGCACUCCUGGACCGCCACGCGUGGUCCUGCAUGAAAUGCGAGACGCUGGAGCUCCUGCUGAGCGACGCCGAGCUGCACAGCGCGCUGGACGCCGUCGGGAUGGACGCCCAGCAGGCCACGGCCAGCGCGCUCACGUGGCCCUGCUUCCUGGCGCUGCACGAGCGCCUCUACGCGGGCGCGCGCGACGAGCAGGGGUCGCUGCCGCACGGAGUGGUGGCCCUGCUGCGCGAGGACUUCGCGCGCUUCGACCGCGACCACGACGGCUCCAUCUCGUGGGCGCAGGUGCUCACCCGCUUCGUGCUGCAGGUGCUGCGGCAACGGCACACUGACAAGGACCUGGUGUCGUUGCUCAAGCCCGCGGAGGUGCGUCUACUGAAGGAAGAGUUCGCCCUCCGGGACACCCACAACGGUGGCGCCAUCAGCGUGGCCGACGCGAGGCGUGUGGUACACGAGUGGCGAGACCACAUGGCCCUGACCACCAGCGUGGAAUUUCUCGUGGACCGGAUCCGCGCUGCCAGUGACCAUCCGGACCCCGACAGGCACCUUGGUGACGUCGACAGAUUUGUGACGUGGAGCCGCUUCCUGUGCGUCAUGGCGCUUCCGGUGAUUGCCGCGCGCCCAAACACGUGGGGAGGGCCCGACUACGUGGCCUUCCUGGAGGACGACCACGUCGGUCUUCUCGGCUCGAUGCGCUUCCCGCUGGACGGGGUCUCCGAGUCCAAGAGCCCGGCAGCGACGAGCGCCGAGUCCGAAGACGAGGACUGAGAACUGCGCCUCGGCGACUGUCUUAAAUUUCCCGUCUCGAAAGGCGGCGUGCGUUAAGGCUUUGAGGACCUUUCUUGCGAACCGGAAGAAGCGAGGACUUUGGAUGGCGCAGGUUCGGCAGUGACGUCGUGACGUCACUUCCUCUUCGUGACGUCGCUUGCAUCACUGUGACCACUUCUGAUCCCGAAAACACAACGUUUCUAACCUUACGCGGUAACAAAAAAAGAAAAAAACUUCAAGGCUGGUCACGGGAUGACGUCAUCUGCUCUGCAAGUUCCAGAGGGAUAAUGCGGAACAAUUUCUAUUAGCGAUGAUCAGAAUAUGACGUGGCUCUGUUCGAGGCUGUUAGCACAAUAUUUUGCUUUAUGUUUUGUACGGGUUCAUUAAGAUAUCACGCCGCAAGUAAUGUGAUGCUUCGUGUUGAUCAGUUAUUGAGGCGUUUUAUUGCUGUCUUUUUCGUCACCGGAUAACCUGUUCAUAACAAAUUGCAACUCACGGCGAGCGAUUCACCAAUCGAUCACAGUCAAACACGAUUGGUACACACGGAUGAUAUGAUCUUACUUGAAUAGCUAUAUUCGAUGUGCGACAAGAACGUUCAGGAGUUCUAGGUAAAGUUUUGCAGCGACGAAUAAAAUAAAAAGAACCUUCGACCGUCUACAAGACAAGUUUGUUGUCGAAGUCACUGCGUACGGGGUCUGUUUAUAACAAAGAGCAUUGACAAUUACAUUGCGAAAGUGUGUCUACUUCUUUUUAAAGUUUACCUUCAUUUUCUAGAGCUCACGUUGCCUACCAAUAGGGCAAGUUCACUCUGAAUCGAGGAAAGUAAAAAGAAAAAAAAAAGAAAGAAGAAAACAAGAGUCCCCCAUUGCGGUGUACGUUUCAGUAUUACCCUACGUAUUACAGCGAAACCUGUUUAUGAGGAGUUGAGCACACAAUAGCGUUAAUACUUGACUUAAAGCCGAAAAAUACCGAGGACACAAGAAGCAAGACCAGACAGGACGAGCAACCGGACAGAACGAAGGAAGACCACACAGAGCGCUCGUCCAGCCUGGUAUUCUUUUCUUCGUCCUCGUUUUUCUUUUUUUCCGCUUUAGGGGAACUAGGAAUUCUCACAAACUCGUCCAAAUUACAGUUACAGUAAUGUCCGUCGCCCGAUGUCGCUGGGCACCACUACAAUCUACCAGAAACGAAGCCAAUCUACAAUCUACCUAACGAAGCCUAACACAGUGCCGUGGAACGCCCACGUGAACUGUUUCCUGUUGAUGGUAUUCAAUAAAAAUAUGGCUCGUACUCACUA